AUGUCAUCGUCGUACGCGACAAACCCCGCACCCGCACCAGUCAACUCCGCCACCGGUCCCGAGGGCGCGUUGUUGCCCAAGAGGCGGCGGAUCAACUACGCCUGCAACUACUGCCGCAACCGCAAGACGCGCUGCGACGAGCAGAAGCCCUCGUGCCGGGCCUGCAUCGCCGCCGGCAUCGAGUGCGUCACCACCGACCGCCGGCGGCCGGGCGUCGAGGUCCAGCGCCACGAGACCAAGCGCCGAGCGUCGCGGACGUCAACGUCGUCUCUGGCCGGUUCGCUCCCGGCCGCCAAGACAUCGUCGUCGUCCCCGCACUCGCCUCCCCGGGAGGGCGGGGUCGAACCAGCGCCGGCCGAGGUCCCGAAGACGAAGAAAGUUUCCCCAUCGUCGGAGAGGCUCCACCGCGGCUCCGUCGUCUGUCGUAUCGUUCCGUUAUCAAGGGACCAGAACGUCGCCGCCAUCCCCGAGGACGAGGACAACUCGUCGACAACGGCACAGCCGCCGGCAAAGUACCAGGGAAAGCUCCCCGUCGUACGCCCCAGCCGCGGGAGCAACUCGGUCGAGAUCCUCGCUGACUGGUUGGACCUCGCGGCCCGUCGGCUGGGCAUCCAACAGAGACGCGGCCUGCCGUGGGGCCCGGAGAAGCCGCCGUCUCAUCGUGUCCGCGGCCUUCUCUCGUCCGAGCCCCUCCCGUUCCCUCCCAGAGCUGUCGCCCAUCAGCUCGCCUCGCGCUACCUCGACGGGGCGAACCUGGUCUACCCCCUCGUCAACCGGGACCGUUUCCGACAGGACCUCGACACGGCAUCGGAGCUCGGCCCGAUCAACUUUGCGGAAACCCGAGGCAUCGCUGCCCUGGCGACGGUGUACCUGGUGCUGUGCGUGGGGUUCGCUUCCGAGUCGUUAACGGAACCGCCCCUUGAUGCGAGGGACUACGUAUCGUACUGCAAGGCCCUCCUCGGCCACCUCAUCACCACCAACAACGUGGAUACCAUCAGGGCGAUAGUGUUGCUGGCAUUAUGCCUUCAGUGUUACGACGACUGCACCGGCGCUUGGAACGCCCUCGGGGUGGGCGUGUCCAUGGCGACGUCGCUGGGCCUGCACAAGCCUCGCAGCAGCGAGGGCUGCCCCCGCAGCCGCACGCACAAGAGGCUGGAUUUCGUGGACGACGAGGAGCGGAGGACGUUCUGGCUCGGGAUUUACGCCUUUGAGAAGUUCUUGGCCUUCGAGAUGGGCCGCCUCUCCUCCAUCGACGACGAGGAAUGCUACCCGGCCCGCGUUGAGAUUCCCGCCGGCAACGGGACGUCGUCCAGGGACAAGGCGUUUUCUGUGACGGUCGACCUCGCCAGGAUCCUUAGUGAGAUCGGACGCAAGGCGGUCUUGGUCAGCCGCAAGGAAGACGGUCUUCGGGACGGCUGUUUGCAGGAUGUCAUUGCCGAGAAGAUCGAGACGACUGGAGAGGCUCAGCUACUCCUGACGAGAUGGGGCGAAUCAGUACCGGACGAGUUGAGGCCAAUAUCAGACAUCCUGAUCGGCUCGAAAAUAUGCCCCUUUGCGUCCUUCAUCUCCAUGCACUAUAACAACGCGCUUGUGAUGCUCUCACGCAACAGUCUCCUCAUCAGCGAAGAGGCCAUCACCACCGGCGCCGACAUCAUCUCCAAGGGGAAACCGUGGGACUACAUGAUGCGCAACGGCCAGUCCCUCGCGGCCAACUCGGCGCGGAAGAUGCUGAGGAUCGUCGUCGAGGCUGUGGACUCCAAGUCGAACACGGUCUUGCCGAACCUGCUGAAUCCGCUCCACGCGCUGUCGACGCUGGCGAUGCAUGUCAUCACGCACCCGGACUCUCGUAUCUCGACCAUGGACCUUCAUAAUUCGUCGGACUCAAUGAGGGAGAUCUACAUCAGGCUCCGAGGUGACGGUUUGCUGGACCUCUUGCUGCAGAAGCUCGACUUUCUCCUGCAAAAGGGACUACCGCCGUCCGUCGGGCCAAGCUACCGACAUGCCAACGGGCUGCCCACGCACGUCUUGAAGGCCGGGGAGACGCCCUGCCAUCGGACGCCAGAGGACGCGUGGUCGGGCUGCGGCGAGAAUCGGCUCCUAGAAGCGGAUUGUGCCGUACCCACGGAGGGCCCGACGAUACCCUGCUUCAGUCAGGGUAACGCCGUCGCCGACGGGAGCGAGUUCGGUUUUGACUCGUACGGCGCCAUGUCCGUGACCGGAGACGAAUGGUCCCCGAGCGGGUCGGACGGGAUCGGCUGGGAUUGGGCCUGCUUCUCCCAGUUCCUGUCCGGGCAGUUCCAGGUGCACUGA